AUAACACUUGUGACCUUUAUUCUCUGCACCAAAAGACAAUGUUGAGUCGUCGGAUUUUGGGAGCAAUUUCUCAAACGAUAAAAUCUCAAGUUAGACCCUUCAGUUCUGCCCUAAAAAACAUGGAAAAGGAACAAGUUGUGCCCGAUGUCGUUUCUCAAGUCCCCAAAGAGGUUGUCACCGUGAAAUACCCAAGCGGCGUCGAAGUGUCGCAAGGCAACGUUUUAACCCCGACGCAAGUCAAAGACGAACCCAGCGUCACUUGGUCUGCCGAUGCCAGUGCAUUUUAUACACUUUGCAUGACGGAUCCCGAUGCGCCAUCCCGCAAAGACCCCAAAUUCCGUGAAUGGCAUCACUGGUUAGUCGGCAAUAUCAAAGGCAACGACGUCAAAAGUGGCGAAGUUUUAUCCGCUUAUGUUGGUUCAGGACCUCCACAGGGCACCGGAUUGCAUCGUUACGUGUUUUUGGUGUACAAGCAAAACGGAAAAUUGACUUUCGACGAGAAACGCUUGCCCAACAACUCGGGAGACGGGCGUGGAUGCUUCAAAAUCAGCAAAUUCGCGGAAAAAUACAAACUUGAAUUGGUAGCUGGCAAUUUCUAUCAAGCCGAAUGGGAUGAUUAUGUACCAAAAUUGUACGAACAAUUGGGCGGUUAAGAAAAUUUACUCGAAAAAAGCCUUUAGAAGCGAAGUUUCCUUUUGUGAAAGCAAAAAAAAAUAAUAAAAAAUAUUUUGAAAUUUAA